AUGGCAGUGGCGCGCCGGUUGCGGCCGGCAGCAGGCCCGGCGGCAGCGGUGGCCGGGCGAACGGCGCGAAUCCCGGCACAGCCCGCUCCGGCGCGCACCGGGGCGGCAGUGCGGCGGCUGCUGCGGCCCAGCUUUGAUCCAGUGAAUAAACGCCAAUCGCAGCGCGCUUACAUGCAGCGCAGAAGGGUGUACAACGGCAACAACACCUCAAAAGUCGCCAUUGCAUUGUCUGACUCGGAGGUGCUGUGUGGCUUUGUGGAAUAUCAAGAACUGGUGCAGAUUCUGGCCAGCACUCCUGAGUUGGGAUCUGUGCUUGGGGAGGUGGCUCCGGCCAUUCAGGCGCUGACUAAGCGGCUGCAAAGCGCUGACUCACCGCUGACAGAGAAGGAAAAGCUUGUGCUGCGGCUCAAUGAGCAGAGUCCUGCAGACACCGGCAUCUUGUCAGCCUUUUUCCUGAACUUUGUCGCCCUCAAGCCCAAUCAGGCCAUUUGUGUGGCGGCCAAUGUUCCAUAUGCACAUGUCUCUGGUGAUCUGCUGGAUUGCAUUGACUCCCCCAGCACUGCAAAUGGCUUCGCACCCACGUUCAGAGACGCGGCGGCGGUUAGCGUGUGGCUGACUCACAGCCAGGGGUCCCCCAAGAUAUUUGAGGGGACAGAGCCAUCCUCAAGCCGCCCUUGCACCGUCACUUACAAGCCACCCAUCGGCGAAUUCGAGUUCUCCAAGAUCAAAAUCCCCAGGACAACCAAAUUCUCCGGCCAGCAAGAGUCAAUUCGUUCCAGCCAUGUCCCCCAGACACUGUAUGUGCAAGGAGGGCAGGGUAGAAUCUUUAAAAGGGACCCUGUCAGGCCUGACAUGCACACCACGGGGGACUGGCGGGAAUUGGAACUCCACAAGGGAGGUGUGGUGUUGAUACCUGCCAACACCUCGGUUGUGAUUGAAACUUUUGACCAAGGUCUGGACGUCUGGGUGGCUGCUGUCGAAAGCCCGGCCUUCAAACAAGGUGUGUCACUGGCGCGCACGAUUCCAUAA